AUGUCAAUGCAAAUCAAUCGUUACUUUUCGAUAUUUAUUUUUCUUUUUGGUACAAUUGGUAAUAUACUUAAUUGUGUUGUUUUAUCUCAACCGACGCUUCGUGUAAAUCCAUGUGCUUAUCUUUUCUUAAUUUCAUCUAUUGCAAAUAUGAUUUCUAUUCUAUUUGGCUUAACAACAAGAAUUUUAGCUGGUUGGAAUAUAGAUAUAACAGAUACAAAUAGUCUUGUUUGUAAAUUUCGUGCUUUUAUUGUUUUUGUUUCACGAACAAUUGCUUUUUGGCUUAUUGCAUUUGCUACAAUAGAUCGUUGGUUUUCAUCAUGUAGUCAAUAUCAACGACGACAAAUGAGUUCAUUAAAAAAUGCUCAACGAGGAACAAUAAUUAUAAUUAUCUUAUCUAUUCUUCUUUAUUGUCAAAUGAUUUAUUGUUAUGAGGCAAAUAUGAGUUCAACUCCACUUCCAUGUUAUGGGAAAAAUGUUGUAUGUCGUUUUUUAACUGAUUUGACAUAUGCAAUAAUAACAAUAUUAUGUCCAUUAUUAAUUAUGUUUAUAUUUGGUUUAAUAACAAUAUCAAAUAUACGUCAAACGUGUACUGCUCGAUUAUUUAAAAAGAAAUUAAUUGUGCUUAAUGGAAAUAAUAAAAAUGUAUUAAUAUCAAAAAAAAGUCAACAACAACGAAAAAAACGUAUCGAUCGUUAUUUACGUCACGUACUUUUUAUUCAAAUUAUAUUCCUUUCCAUUCUAACAAUACCACAAGCAAUUGAAAAAUUCUAUACAACAUUAUCAGUGAAUGCAACAAAAUCAUUGUUAAAUAUAACAAUCAACAAAUUUAUUUAUAAUUUUGUCUUACUUCUUACUUAUCUUGCUAGUGGACUACCAUUUUAUAUAUAUACAUUGAGUGGCGGGAGUACGUUUCGAGUGACACUGAUUAAUUCAUUACAAUCUAUACUCGAAAAACUAACUUGUCGAUAA